AUGCCUCAGUGUUACCCAAGCACCAUGCCUCAGAGUUACCCCAGCACCAUGCCUCAGUGUUGCACCAUGCCUCAGUGUUACCCCAGCCCCAUGCCUCAGUGUUGCACCAUGCCUCAGUGUUACCCCAGCCCCAUGCCUCAGUGUUGCACCAUGCCUCAGUGUUACCCCAGCACCAUGCCUCAGAGUUACCCCAGCACCAUGCCUCAGUGUUGCACCAUGCCUCAGUGUUACCCCAGCACCAUGCCUCAGUGUUGCACCAUGCCUCAGUGUUACCCCAGCCCCAUGCCUCAGUGUUGCACCAUGCCUCAGUGUUGCACCAUGCCUCAGUGUUACCCAAGCACCAUGCCUCAGAGUUACCCCAGUACCAUGCCUCAGUGUUGCACCAUGCCUCAGUGUUACCCCAGCCCCAUGCCUCAGUGUUGCACCAUGCCUCAGUGUUGCACCAUGCCUCAAUGUUACCCCAUCACACGCCUCAGUGUUACCCCAUCAUACACCUCAGUGUUAUCCCAGUGUAACCCCAGCACCACGCCUCAGUGUUACCUCAGUGUUACCUCAGUGUUACCCCAGUGUUACCCUAGCACCACGCCUCUGUGUUACCCCAGUGUAACCCCAGCACCAUGCCUCAGCUGCCCACAAUCACAUUGA